AGAAAAUACUUAGGUCAAAAUUUUCAAUUUCUCGCCUCAUUUAGUUUUUCACGGCGCCUCUAUCAUCUGACUCACCCUCUAAUCUCUGCCUCUCACCGUCGCCGGCGUUCAAUCGUCUCUCCUGCUCAGUCUCCAGCGUUCAUCUCCGUUCGUCUUUCCUCCUCAGAAGUCUCCGAUCGUCGUUCGCGCUCUGCUCCCUCACCGUUCCGUUGUUGUGCUGCCGCCGGCUACGAUAGUAACUUUUCCUCGAGGACUCAAUCGAUUAUUUUUCUCUAAGGAUCUGAUUGGGAAGUAGAUUAUGUCUGUGAGAGCGAGGAAAGUCUCCACUCGAGGGGAAGCGGUGGCAGCAAAUUAUGCUUUUGGGCCUCUAGAAGAUGAUGUUAUUAUUAAACACAGGCUUCUCACACGAACAACCACCACAAGGGGGGAACCUCCAUUGAAGAAGCUUCAGAAGAAGUUUACUUCUUUUGUUCUUGAGAUUGAAAAGGAUGGGAGUAACAAUGAUGACUGUGAGAAGCUUUCCAGAGCUUUUUUACAAGAGUUAUCCACGUUUGAAAUUCCUUUGCUGAAGAGUAAAGCAGUUGUUGAUGCUAAUAUUAGGGAAAAGGAGAGUUUCCAUGAGUUUAAGGAUGAGAUAAACAAACAGAUUUUGUUAGCUCAGGAUGAUAUUGAAGAUCUUAAGAAACAGCUUGAAGAAAGCAAAAUUGAGAGGCAACACAAGGAGGAGUGCGAGGCAAUUAGAAAACUUAUAGCAACACAGCCACCCAGGUCUGUGACACAAAAGACUAUUGUGGAUUUGGAGAAAGAGAUUGCUGCACUUGAUGCAGAGAACACAGCUAGUUCAAGGAUGCUGGAGCUUCGUAAGAAGCAAUUUGCGCUUUUGUUGCAUGUGGUGGAUGAGUUGCAAAAUACCAUAGAGGAUGAACAGAAGAAUUUAAUUGAGGAAACGAGAAUCACAGCUGAGGAGAAUAAGAUUGGUGUGGACGAUGCUAGCGGAAGCCUGGAAACCAUGGCUGUCGACUGAGGUUGCACUCCUCGUAUGUUCUGCUGUAAAACUUGUAUGCAUAUAAUUUUUUUUCAACUCAAUAUCGAAGAGUUCAUGUUAUCUGUAAAUCUUGCUCAAGUCAAGAAAUCAAAAUGCAACAGCGAAUGAGUAAUGUAGAAUCUUGUUCUUAUUCUUAGGUAUUCUGGGUGAAAUGACAUGCCAUAGCAAAUGAGUAAACCUAAUUUCCAUUGA